AUGCCUUCGCUCACCCAGCCCCUCUCAAAAAAGAGAAGACACGACGACUUCGACGCAGAUCCCGAGUACCACAUAUUCCCGCAGGACCUCCAUCAUGACAUUUGCGCUCAGCGCCAUGGGCCACCGCCGAGGAAGAUCGUGUCGUUCUCAAGUCCGCGGACUAAGAAGUUGCGGAUGAUGGCGGAGCCGCAAGACAGCGAACAAGACGCACCAUACUCAGUCCACACGCUCCAGCAAACAAGCCCGAGACCAGCCCACAUGGCACCAUCCUCACGACACCACCACGCCAGGUCGCCAUCUGCCAACAAGCUAGGCCCAAGGACAACAAUCACCACGAAUCUCCUCGCGCCGUGCCACAUCUGCCACAGGAAACCCACGAAAAAGACCGACCUCGACUCGUAUGCCGACUGCCAGGGUUGUGGCGAGAGGACGUGCUACAUCUGUAUGCGGGAAUGCCUAGGAUGGACCACGACGCCUCGGGAGAGCCGCAGCCCCAGCGAAUAUCAUGGAGGGAAAGUGGACGAGGUGGUGGAGGUGCUGAUGCGGGACGAGGACAACAACGAGGAGCACGAGCAAGGCGGAGGAGGCACAGGGGGCGACCACCCGUUUAACAUGAAGCCGGAGGACUCACAGCCCGACUACGACAGUCUCCGGGUCGACUACAAGAGGAGGCAGGGGCCUUGGGCCAAAGAAGGCGGCAGGGGCCAUCGAGGCAGGAUAUGUAGCCGGUGCUGUGUCGAGGAGGGCAUGGAAGGCGAGGUCACCUGCCUGGGCUGUCUCGCGGCCUAG